AUGUCGCUCACUCCUCCACAGACCAGACACGUCACGGCGACUCUCACGCUGCCCCUCUGCUGCGUGCGGCGCUGGCUGACGAACAGGGACAGGGACUGGGACCAGGACAGGGACCAGGACAGGGACCAGGACAACCAUGGGACAUCUCACCACCACCACCACCACCACCGCCGCCCAGGACAUCGCACUAACCCCGGCCAUGGAUCCGCCUGUGCCCUGGGAGAAGAACCACGCGUAGACACAAACGGCGAUGUCAACAUGGAUGAAACCAGUUCUCACUCCAUCCGGGAACAUUCCUAA